AUGAGUGUGUUCAAGAAGGCCGAAAGCUGGCACCUCGACAUCGACCGGUACCUCAACCGCAUCAUUCCCGCUUCGCCGUUGCACAAGCUACCCAUACCGGUGUCGAGAUUUCUGGGUUAUCGAAGAGAGCAGAAGCAAGAUGUUGGGAAUAUCUUGGCAGCUUUCUGGUCAUUCCUAGGAGCACUCUGUGGGCUGGCUGUGGUUGCUGCGGUAUUCAACAACACAGAGAGCAUACAAAGGCAUGCGCCGCCUGCAUUAAUCGCGUCAUUCGGUGCGUCAGCGAUUCUUGAGUAUAACGCGGUCCGCUCGCCUCUGGGACAACCUCGCAAUGCUCUGCUCGGCCAUACAUUUUCCGCCGUCAUUGGCGUGGGCAUUUCUAAGCUCUUUCAAUACCACUCAGAGUACGAGAAGAUCAAGUGGAUAGCUGGUGCUAUAGCGUGUGCAUGCGCGUCCGCCGUCAUGCUUCUCACUGGUACCAUUCACCCACCUGGCGGGGCAUCUGCUGUGCUUGCUGCCACGGAGCCAGCCAUAACAGCGAUGGGAUGGUAUUUUGUAGGCCUCGUUGCAUGGGGAGCCACACUGAUGAUCGUUGUGGGCUUGUUCCUCAAUAACAUUCAGAGACAGUUUCCAGUGUAUUGGUGGACGCCGCUAGACAUCAGAAGGGCGAAGAAGCAAGACAUCGAGACUGUACCAGAUGCAAGAGGUGGUUUGGAGAGGAGGGAAACAGAGGAAGAGCAGAAGUACAACCAACAAUACGAGAGAAUUGAAAUAACAGGAGCUGAGGUAACGUUGCCUGAGACACUCAGUCUGAACAAAGAGGAGGCAGAGUUGUUGGAAAGGCUGCGAGGAAGACUAAAGCAGAGAGUGGAUGCAGAAAGGGCUGAAAAGGGCCUCGACGACACAGCUUCAAGUAGUGGACGAAGCAGCACAGACAUUACUAUGGUACCCACCAGAAGUGAGGGAGCAAGAAGUAACAGCGAAGAUAGUGGUGGGAGGUGA